UCGCAUCUCUGCAUGUCUGGCAGACAUAUCAGUGUGGAUGACGGAUCACCACCUCAAGCUGAACCUCGGCAAGACGGAGCUGCUCUUCCUCCCGGGGAAGGACUGCCCGUUCCAUGAUCUCGCCAUCACGGUUGACAACUCCAUUGUGUCCUCCUCCCAGAGCGCUAAGAACCUUGGCGUGAUCCUGGACAACACCCUGUCGUUCUCAACUAACAUCAAGGCGGUGGCCCGUUCCUGUAGGUUCAUGCUCUACAACAUCCGCAGAGUACGACCCUGCCUCACACAGGAAGCGGCGCAGGUCCUAAUCCAGGCACUUGUCAUCUCCCGUCUGGAUUACUGCAACUCGCUGUUGGCUGGGCUCCCUGCCUGUGCCAUUAAACCCCUACAACUCAUCCAGAACGCUGCAGCCCGUCUGGUGUUCAACCUUCCCAAGUUCUCUCACGUCACCCCGCUCCUCCGCUCUCUCCACUGGCUUCCAGUUGAAGCUCGCAUCCGCUACAAGACCAUGGUGCUUGCCUACGGAGCUGUGAGGGGAACGGCACCUCAGUACCUCCAGGCUCUGAUCAGGCCCUACACCCAAACAAGGGCACUGCGUUCAUCCACCUCUGGCCUGCUCGCCUCCCUACCACUGAGGAAGUACAGUUCCCGCUCAGCCCAGUCAAAACUGUUCGCUGCUCUGGCUCCCCAAUGGUGGAACAAACUCCCUCACGACGCCAGGACAGCGGAGUCAAUCACCACCUUCCGGAGACACCUGAAACCCCACCUCUUUAAGGAAUACCUAGGAUAGGAUAAAGUAAUCCUUCUCACCCCCCCCCCUUAAAAGAUUUAGAUGCACUAUUGUAAAGUGGCUGUUCCACUGGAUGUCAUAAGGUGAAUGCACCAAUUUGUAAGUCGCUCUGGAUAAGAGCGUCUGCUAAAUUACUUAAAUGUAAU